UGAGCUAUCACUCUCGUGGCACAAGCUGGAGGUUGUACGCCACCCUCCACUGCUGGAUAUUGGCAGCAUGGCCCAUGAGAAAGACCGGAACCACAAAUUCACACAUUCAAUAUGUAUCUCAACCCUGUCAUUGUAUGGUCACCGUCAGGGGCAAUCUUCGCUGCCGCGCUAGUGGUAGUAAGCUGGCUGUGCAACUGCUCAAAUUCCUUGCGUCUGCCGUUCAACCGUGAGUUCACAAGAAUUGCGGUCUAGAAGGCUGUGAGGUGCAGCGCGAUGCAGGGCCGAUCAAAACAAUGCCUCGCAGAGAAUGCGUCUGCUUUUCCCCGACUUGCGACUGACUGGUCACGAGGACCCAAGCAGCUCAGUCUCGUGGAUGACAACUGAAUAUUGCAAAUUGUGUAUUUCUUCUGGCUCUAAUUUUCACAUCAGAUACUCGUCAAAGACAAUCGAAACUGGUGCUCGUUGACGAGCUGUGGCUUCACUGUUGUUGAGCCAUCCGUGAGGGUUCUAGAUGCCACCAGUUACGGGGAGUAAGGCUAAGCCUGGCCCGCCGUGCCCACCAUAUGAGUACCAAUCGCUGCGUCGAAGGUUCAUCGGGCUCCUUGUUUCCGAACCUGGCACUAAUCAAGACGGAAUUGUCAUUCGGUUGCAACCGACGCGAUACUUCAAGAGUACUAGAGAUUCCAAGAUCAUUCAAGGAACAAUAAUGGCAUACGAAGCGCUAUCAUAUGUAUGGGGCUCCAGGGAGAACCUACAGUUUGUCUACGUUGGGCAGAAGCGCCUAUCAGGGAUAUCAAUCACCCGAAGCCUUGACAUCGCUCUCAGAUAUAUUCGCAAACAAGACACGCCUAGGGUGAUUGAUGCUCUUUGUAUCAACUAGAUAGACGAUGAAGAGAGGAGCUCACAAGUCGCCGUAAUGGGCAGCAUCUUUGACAAUGCUGACCGCGUGAUUGUAUGGCCGGGCCCAGAAGCAGACGACAGUGAUAUAGCUAUGAAUGCCAUGCAAUACCUCGGCAGUCCCAUCGUUAUGAAUUUUCCUCCUUGCUUUGGGGAGGCUGCACCACAUGCCAUGAGCGCAGCAAAAGGAGUCACCGAACACAGAUGGAUUCACAGUGGCAACCGACUUCCACUUGGGAGCAGAGAGCUUUGUGCGA